UGACAGGUGCGCGCGCGAACGAGCUAGCGAGCCUCCAUCUUGGGCUUCCGACAGCAUCCAAAAUAUAUCCAGCACCCCAAACAUCAACAAACAGCAACACAGAUGUAACGCAGGCAAGAUGUCGCAUGGACGCGAGGAUGUGACUCUCCUGUAAAGACCGCAGUUUGCCAAAGAAGGACGCUUUAAAGCCCCCCGGGGAAGGAGGAUGGAAAGGAGCGGCAGCUGCUGGUCGGGAAGGCGCCGUUAACGACGAUUAGCCCCAGCUAGCUUUCGCCGGUCGGUCCGGAGGGGAGUUUUUCGACCACCGUCUGACAGGCUCCACUCGACACACAGGAUGGGGGUCAAGAAGAAACUGGUGCUCUUCCUCCUGGUUCUUUGCAUUUGUCUCCAGGGAGCGUCUGCCAAAGAGAAGGGAACCAAGAAGGGGAAGAAAAAAGGGAAGCAAGUUUACUGCCCAUCGCAACUGUCAUCCGAGGAUUUGGCCCGCGUCCCUGCCAAUUCCACCAGUAACAUCUUGAACAGGUUACUCAUCAGCUACGAUCCCAGAAUACGGCCCAACUUCAAAGGAAUACCAGUAGAAGACCGAGUGAACAUUUUUAUCAACAGCUUUGGCUCCAUCCAGGAGACGACCAUGGACUACCGAGUCAACAUCUUCUUGCGGCAGCGCUGGAACGACCCACGGCUCAAAUUGCCGCAGGACUUCAAGUCCGACUCACUUACCGUGGACCCCAAGAUGUUCAAAUGCCUGUGGAAGCCCGAUCUGUUCUUCGCCAAUGAAAAGAGCGCUAACUUCCAUGACGUCACGCAAGAGAACAUUCUCCUCUUCAUCUUCCGCAACGGGGAUGUACUUAUCAGUAUGAGGUUGUCCGUCACGCUUUCUUGUCCACUGGACCUGACGUUGUUCCCCAUGGACACCCAGAGGUGCAAAAUGCAACUGGAAAGCUUUGGCUACACCACAGAUGACCUUCAGUUCAUGUGGCAAACAGGCGACCCUGUACAGAUGGAUGCCAUUGCCCUGCCUCAGUUUGACAUCCGACAGGAAGACAUCGACUAUGGCAACUGCACCAAGUUCUAUUCAGGAACAGGCUACUACACGUGCGUGGAGGUCAUAUUCACCCUACGGCGACAGGUGGGCUUCUACAUGAUGGGUGUGUACGCGCCCACGCUGCUCAUCGUGGUACUCUCCUGGCUGUCCUUCUGGAUCAACCCCGACGCCAGUGCUGCCAGAGUGCCGUUGGGCAUCCUGUCCGUGCUGUCUUUGUCUUCGGAGUGCACAUCUCUGGCUUCCGAGCUUCCCAAGGUGUCAUACGUCAAAGCCAUAGACAUCUGGCUCAUCGCCUGCCUGCUGUUCGGCUUCGCCUCCCUGGUUGAGUACGCCGUGGUGCAGGUCAUGCUCAACAGCCCCAAGCGCAUCGAGGCCGAGAAGGCUAAGAUCGCGUCUAAGGAGAAGGCGGCGGGCAAGAGCGCCGCCAACGCCGCUACCAGAAACAACACCGUCAACGGCACCGGGGGGACGCCGCUCCAUGUCAGCACAUUGCAUGUGGCGGAGACGCGCUGCAAGAAAGUGUGCACCUCCAAGUCGGACCUGCGCACCAACGACUUCAGCAUCGUGGGUUCGCUCCCGCGGGACUUUGAGCUGUCGAACUUUGACUGCUACGGCAAACCAAUCGACACGGCCGGCGGUGGCAAAUCGCAGACCAAGAACAACAAGAAGCCGCCGCCCCCCAAGCCAGUCAUCCCGUCGGCCGCCAAGCGCGUGGACCUAUACGCCCGGGCCCUCUUCCCGUUCUCUUUCCUCUUCUUCAACGUCAUCUACUGGUCCUGUUACUUGUGAUCGCUGACGCCCCAGCCCCACCAAUCUCUCGCCCACCCAAAAAUUGGUGCUUCCUCCCAUCAAAAGCGUGUUAAUCCCACUCGUUCAAAACUAAAACUGUAUAAUCUAUUUAUCUAAUGUAAAUGUAAUUAUCAUCCCUGCUGGUGAUUUAUUCAACAGCUUUGUCAAAUGCACACUUCUACAAAAAGAGCUACUAUCAGGGGUGGGCAAGGUAUAACCCAGGGCCCAUAUACGGGGCCGCUCACUUAUUUAAAUUAGACGACUGGGUAUUUACAGUGCAUUGGGAAAGUAUUUAACUUACUUCACAUUUACAGUCUUUUACUGUCUAAAAUGGAAUUUGUUUUUUUCCUCAAUUCAACAUACUACAUCAAAUAAGGAACAAUUUUAAUGUUUUUUGAAACUGUAUUAAAAGUGAUUCAAUAGCAAACCAAAAAUAUAUUUUACGCUUUAAUAUUUGUAUUAAAACAUAUUUACCUGGUUUUAAUUAGUCGUUCAAUAAUUGGAUAAUAUUGUAAAUAAUGAUAGAAAUACUUGCAAUGUUAAAUAUAUAAAUUAUAGUUUGAAUUAUUUAUUUGUUCAAAGAAUUAGCCAAUUACAUUAAAUUACAAAUAAUUACUGGUAGACUUUUAUUUUGAAAUACAGUGAUCCCUCGCUACUUCCCGCUUCAGACUUCGCGCCCUUAGUCCAUCGCGAAUUUUUUUCAAUUAAAAAAAUAAUCAACUACAGAUGAGCUCUACCCCGAUUUGAUCACACAGCCCCUCUCUCCCUCCUGCUGCGUUUCUUGGUCUGGCAGUGCACUGGAGUUGCUGAUUAAAGUUAACGAUGAUUGACAGAUGUUAAGGUUUGAUCUUGCCAGAGACGCUUGGAAGCCGAAGCUUCAAAGCGCUGAAUGCGUCAAUCAUCGUUUAACUUGUAAAACACUAGCUGUGGCAACUCAUUGUGUGUAAGUGAGCGGAUUUGAGUGGACUCACUCCAUGAAGCAUUUAGUAAAGACAAGCAUUUUUCUACUUUAUUCUUUUUUAAAAAUAAUUCGGUGAGACAGUAUAUUUGAAGUGCUUAAAAACCAUUUAUUAAAAUAUUUAUACAUAAAAAGUUUUGGUUUUUUUUUAUUAUAUUUUGGGGAAAAAAGGGGAAAACGUGUCUUGUAUGUCUCGCUUUUCAAUGCUAAAUCUGAAUAAAUACAUUGAACACACACAAAAAAAAAAUGGGGGUGGGGGGUAUCUACUUCGCGAUUUUUCACUCAUGAUGGCAGGUUCUUGUCCCAUUAACCGCAAAAAUGAGGGAUCACUGUAUACUCAAUUAAUAGUAACAUUACUGUAUUUCGUAAAUUGAUUAACUGUAAAUGAUUUUCACCAAAUAUUCAAUUCUUGUAAUUUUUUUUUAUUGAUUUGGUUCAAUAAUUAUAAUUUCACUAUAAAUAAAAAUAUCAAAAUUAAUAAAAUGUAUAUUUAAUCUUUUAUUAACAUACAAAUGUAUUUUUGAUCAUUUGUUAAUCAUAACUAAUCAAGGGGGG